AAAUGUCUUCCUCAUAUUUAAUUUAUUUAUCUCUCUGGUCCUAUUAUAAAAAGUGUUUAUUAUAUUAAUACCCUCUCUGAAUCUUGAGUACGAGUAUGAGCCACGACGAUUUGAGUUCGAGUUCAAAGUUCGUUUCGUUCGUUAGGGGCAAUUUGGUCAAUUGACAUGUUCGUUGGCCCAUCUCCGCCGCACAAACCACUCGUAAACCGCCGCAGCAGCAACAACCACUGGCCUCGUAACGCGACCGUCACCUCCGCCAUACCUGAUCUGUUUCUCGCGGCGGUAUCUCUCCUCUUCCUCUGGUCAUCUCCCAAGCCUUUGCUAACUCUUCCUCCUAACAGAUUCUCUUUCCCUCUAAACCCUCGCCGUCGAUCCACGACCGCCACCAUGUCUCGCCGAUCUCCUCCUUCUCAACGCUUCGCUAAUCCUCAAUCUCUCUCCGAUUGGCUCGAAUCGAGAUUACCUUCUGACUCGUUCGCCGCCUGGGGAGUCAAACCAGGAACCAAAAACGUUCAUAACCUCUGGCUUGAGCUCUCCGACGGAGAAACUUCUCUCGCCGAUUCAACUCCUCCGGUACGAACCGUCAACGUCGUCACCGUUAGAGUAAUCGGGAAAAACGGACGGAUUCUAGUGGAAUCUCAUCAGGAACUAUCCGACGGGAGUAUCAGAGAGAGGUUUCGUCCGUUAUCGGAGAAGAUGAAGCCUGAAGAAUCUCCCGACGAAGCUGUGAUUCGCGCCAUAAAAGAAGAGCUCGGAUCUAUCUCCGAUGGCGACGACGACGUUGGAAAGAGGAUUAGGGUUAUUCCCGGGAGUUACAGCAGAAGAGUGGAGGAGAGGAACUCGUUGUCGUAUCCUGGAUUACCGGCGCGUUACGCUCUGCACUCGGUGGACGCGACGGUGGAGGGAUUACCGGAGGAAGAUUUCACCACGGAGGAGAAAGAGUACGGCGGCGGAGACUCGACGGAAGAUUCGGUGGAGACACGCGCCGCCGGGAAAGCUGUAACUGUGAAGAGGCAUUACUGGAAAUGGGUUAGUCCUGAUUCGAUUCGACCUUAAAAUCUUGAAUUGAAGAAUCAGAGCUUAUGUAAAGAGAUAUGUAUACUCAAUACAUACACAUAUAUAUAUAUAUAUAUAUAUAUAUUUAUAGAAUCUUCUUCUUCUGCUGCUUCGUUUAUGCAAAUGGUUAUGGCUAUUGUUCUAAGUUGUUUUUCAGAAGUUUUGAUAGAUCACUGUAACAUCUUUGCUUUAUUGAUUUUAGAAAAUCUGAUACAUCAUACAUGAUCAAUAAAAUUGGAGUUUCAUGGAA